AUGGGAAACAACAAGAAGAACAAGCGAGGAGCCAGAGGUUCUUGCGAGGAGGAAACCGGAACGCCUAAACGACCCAAUAUGGCGGCGACCGCAGAACCAAUUUCAAGCGAACUAGCAAGCCUCGCUGGACCAACUCUGAUGGAGGAGAUCCCUGGACAGAAAGAAUCAUCGAUCGCUCCUGUAGAGCCGUCACUUAUUGAACUUAGGGAAAUGCUGGUUGAUAUUAAGAUCGAUAUCUGCAGCAUUCUACGAGAAAACGAAGCCAUGAAGAACAACAUGGAUGAAUUGAAGGCGACUAUUCGAGGGCAGAAUGUUGAAAUAGCAAACCUUCGAGCAUCGCUUAAUAAAGCGAUAAAGCAGUUUGAUGAUGCCGAACAAGAGCUGGCCGAAACAAGGAAAAUAGUUGACCAACAGGAGGAAGAAAUCGCCGAGUUGUACGACCUCCAAGAUCAUCUAGAACAGUACACACGGAAAAACUCCUUGGAGAUCCAUGGAAUACCGGAACAAGCUUAUGAGUCAACAGAAGUAGUUCUAAAAUUGGCUAAUGCCCUGGAGGUGCCGGUGUGCCAACAGGAUAUCGAAAUAUCUCACAAAUUAAGCCGGAGAAAGGGAGUUAAGCCGAUUAUCGUAAAAUUUGUUAAUCAUAAAACUAAAACGAAUCUAUACAAAGCCCGGACAAAACUAAAAAAUGUGAGUUUCUCAAGCCUCUUCCCCGCUUCGACCGCCGCAGCACGAGUUGCCUCCGGCAAGAUCUAUUUAUUCGAGAGCCUCACGUCGUACAGGAAAAAGAUCGUCAACAAAGCGAACGAAAUGCAGAACGAUGGUUCAAUCCUAAGCGUUUGGACAAUGGAUGGAAAGAUUUUUAUUAAAACGUCGCCCGAAGGUAGGCCUAUAAAAAUUAAUGAAUUAGAUGAUCUGGACUAUCUUUAA